AUGCGCGUACAUCCUACAUCUACAGGCCCCAAUCUUUUGGACCUCCCUAACGAACUGAUCUGUGCUAUUGGUGCUGCGGCCGAUAAUAGGGAUGCCAGGUCCUUGUCAGCAACAUGCCGCCGACUUCAAGCGAAUCUGACCAGUGUUGUAUGGUCUCGAGUUAAACUCUCCAUCUCGCUCUGUGAAAUCUCCCACGAUGUCUAUAAUUUCACCCCCUACCUUGGAGAACAUUGCGAGAGACUUGGUCUCAUCAAAGAGGUGGCUAUCAACUUUGAUGACUGUGACACGAGACCGCCCUGCUAUUCUGGUGAGCUACUAUCGACGUCUCGUGUUGCAUCUUUCAUCAAGGCGAUGACAUCGCUCAAAUCACUCUCACUCGAUGUCCGAGUUCUGUCUGCCGAGGGAAUCAAGACAUUGGCCGAUGAACUCUGCUAUGGAUCUCGCAUCCACCUCCGAUAUUUAGAGCUGAGGUGCAAAGACAACGGCCACUAUUUGAUGAAAUGCUUUGGAGAGGCCACAGACCCUGGUUCUUUUAAGUCCAUAGCAACUCCAGGGUUCUCUUCGCAUGUUGAGAGCCUCUCUAUUAACCGACCCAUGGGAAUGACACAAUCAAGAUCGAAGCCUGACUCAAUAACUCAUGACGAGAUAAAAUAUAUUGCCAAAAGAUACCCACGGCUGAAGUCUCUGGUCUUUCGGGAGGUAUUCCUUUGUUUGUCUUCGUAUUCAUACCUAUAUUUUAACGACGAUGAGCUUCGUAUGUACGGCACGAUGCUGGGCUCGGUGUUGAAGGAGAAGCUACCCACCCUACAGCGCUACGUUUGUACAAUACCUCUUUUCAGCCAAAGUUCUCUUGUGUCCCAUUUAUCCCGCCUCAGGCCUUUCAUCAGUCUGGUUGCGGGAGAUCAUCCGGCGCUGAACGAGAUGGUGGUUAUCAUCCGCCCCACGUACCUGAUUCGUUGGGAGCGCGACAGCAACCAGAUCACUCUGAAAGAAUGUUUAGGGCCGUGGCUCUUCAGUUCUAUGUCCACGUUUGACCAGACAAUGGGCGAAUCGCUGUUACUCAAUACGAUCCCACUAAACUCUGACGAAUAG